UUUUAUUUACGACACGACGCUACUGAAGUUAGAAAUACGGUGUUUGUUAGCUAAAGCUAGGUAUUUAAGGACCACUAAAAAUGCUAGAAAUUACGUGCAACGAUCGGCUGGGAAAGAAGGUACGAGUGAAAUGUAAUCCUGAAGAUACAAUCGGUGACCUGAAGAAAUUGAUUGCAGCCCAGACCGGGACACGUUCCGAUAAGAUAGUUCUUAAGAAAUGGUACACAAUCUACAAAGAUAAUAUUAAACUUGCUGACUACGAAAUCCACGACGGAAUGAAUCUGGAACUCUACUAUCAGUGAAGUCCAAUGACAAUCACGGAUGGUUGGACACACGGUUUUUGGGCAUGUUGAUGGACACAAUAAAGUUUAAUUUUAACGGA